AUGGAGGGUACCGCCCUCGGUCUUGGUGUAGCGGGGCUCACCUUCCAAUUCUUCCAUGUGGGGGAGAUGGCCUACAAGAUUCUCGGUGAGAUCCGCGAUGUGCCCAAGGAUGCCGUGGACCACCAAGUGUCCUUUAUCUUACAACGUCAGAGGUAUGAGAGCUGGGCUCAGGCUGUGGGAUUAGACGCAGAUCACCCAACCCAGUUCGAUGACACUCACCGUGACCAUCUUACUGUUAUUGCUACAGCCAUCGACAUCCUCACCCAUGUUUGCGAUUUGCUCACCGACGUCAAGCCGCUUGUCAAAGUUCACGGCUUGAAACCGCUUACAAAGGGUCGCCUUGAUGAAGAUUUCUCGGACCUCCAGCGGGUGCAGCAUGCCAACAGCGUCUCUAUAUGGGAUUUAAACGCAGGACAGGAUGAGAAAGACAGGAGACCAAACAACCUAAUGGUGGUACAACAGCAACUGAGCUGGAUGAGAAAGAUUAGAUGGGGCUUACGUGACAAAAGUCAGUUCGCCACACUAGUCAAGAAGCUGAGCACCCUCAACGACGGUCUUCGUGACAUCCUCCCGUCAUGGGCACGCAACACAUAUGACCGAUACCUCCUGAUCAACCAGCCUGCAGAUAUGAAUGGUCUGGAUAUGAUGGCCAAGGACGACACAAUCACGGCUCGCUACGCAACGCCGGCUUAUGCCCUUGCUGCGAACAUUAAAAAAUCUGUUGCAGAGCAAUUACGGCCACCGACCUCCAGGGCUCCGCUGACGACAAAGCCUGCCCACCGGAUAAAUCCGGUUUCAGUUACCCUUCCUUCAUCAGACGAGGAGCCCUCAACGUCGAGGGUCGUAGCAAUGGCAGGCGAUGAUAAAGUUGUCAUCGAAUUUAAGGAUUUCCGACAAACGGAUCUGCAAGCCGCCCGAAGACGAGAGAAUCGGAUCAAGGCACUGGUGGCACUACUCCAGAUCAAUCCCAAGCCUUCGAGCUACCGAAUACUCGAUUGCCGGGGCUACAUCACACGAUCGACGAAGCAUUCUCAUGGCUAUGGCAUGGUUUUUGACUUCCCAAAAAGUCUCAAGGACGAGGAGAAUGCCAAGUACGACACGUUGGAAAGCAUGUUAGCGAAACCAGGGGAAGAGGAGUCGCCCAUAACAUUUUCGCUAGACUCUCGUUUCCGCCUUGCUGCUAUACUCGCAGCUUCGGUUGCUGAACUUCACGCUGCCGAUUGGCUUCAUUAUAACAUCACAUCCUCCAAUAUACUUUGCUUCUCCGCUGAUGAGACUCGGAGCCUCGAGUCAGCCUAUCUGUCUGGGUUCGAGUUUGACGGCUAUGACGACCCCAAGAAAAUUUCCGAACCUGCUUUGCAUAACACGUAUCGGCAUCCAAACUAUCAACUCCCACUGCGAAGCCAGACUAGGUAUGAAAGAUCCUAUGACAUAUACAGCGUCGGUAUUGUUCUCAUUGAGAUCUUCCUCUGGAAGCAAAUCGGAUGCUUCCGAGAAGAAGACAUGGAUGCAAAUGCUUUUCGGCUGCACCUGCAAGAGAAGGUGGUGCCCACGAUAGGUUUCUACAUGGGUAAGGAGUACGAGGAAGUGGUACAGUUUUGUCUUGAUACGGAGCUCCUUGGGAUAGGGUCAGAUGAAGGAAAGAGCUUAACAGAGGCAUUUUCGCGCAAGGUUGUCGCAGUGCUCGAGCGAUGGUAA